UAAAAUUGUGCGAACAAGUGCCUUUAAAAUUAAGUUUAGCAAUCGAUCGUUACAACACGCUGAUUGAUUAAUAAAAGUUUGUUUAUAAAAAAGUUUAGAUCAUAUGUUUAAAUCAAGGGAAAUAAUGUCAACAAAUUUUUCCAACAUUGGGAUCACGCAGCGAGACCAGUUUCGUCGUUUUUCCGAAGAUACAGAGCCUCACGUUGCUACUCUAACAGCUAAAGCUCGACCUUAUGGCUUCAGUUCUGACGAAACCAGUCCUAAAGAAUUUUGGGAACCCCCCAGAACGAAUCCGGAUGGAGAUGAACAAAUUCCUGAUUCAAAAGUCCAAGAUGAACCAUCCAUGAAAGAGAAGGAAAAAAUGCGGUGUAUGUGGUUGAAGUAUAUAUUGUUUGUGGUCGUGGUAAGCGGAUUGCUGACCGGUGUUAUAGCAGUUGUUGUAGUAUUCAAAGAGCAGGAUUCUCUUCCAGAGAAGUUGGGCGGCAUUUUACCUGAAGAUCAAAAUCCUUUCGUUGAAUGCCCCGAUGUGCCUGUCUUUGUUGGCCAAAGCAUUAAGAUCAUAUGCAACUUUACCCAAAACAACAACAUGAUCAGUAAUUGGGAAAGGCUAAAGGGUGUCGGAAAUGGAGGAGAUACAAUAGAAACGCAUUCAACCUACCAGCCAGUUGCCAAUAAGGCAAAGAGCAUGUUAUUAUGCUCAAAAGGUAAAGGUUACAUUGUUACCUGUGAAAUUGACGAUGGGGCAAGCUGCGCAAAUCAGGGGGAAGUUGAAAUAAGUUUCAUUGACCGCAACUACUACAACUUUUACACGGCAUCACUUUAUCUAUAUGUAAACGACAAAGGGCAGGACACCGUUCAAGUAAACCCCAUAAUAUCCGGUAAUGAGACGUCCUUUCACCUUACAUGUGCUGUUGUCGAUGUUUGCAAGUUCUACAAGAUGAGAUUCAUGGCAAAUGGGGAACGUGUAGAUGGUUCAACCAUGAAAUGCUCGAGUUCCUAUAGUGGACAAGGCGGCUACAGUAUCACUUGCUCAGACAUCGUGGGUGUCGAUCAGAUUAAAAAGGCAACCAGCUCACUAACGUGUCAGACGUACGACGAGGCUAAGCCGAACGAAUAUAAAGUGGAACUGAGUUUCGAGAUCAAACGUUGUUGUGAUUUCUUUAGAGGCGAUGAAGAUCUUUGUCAAGAUAAAUUUCGCGACAGCUGUGAUGUACCCAACAAUUGUACGGGUAUAUGUGAUUUCUUCACGAGAUGUGUAGGCAAGGCCUAUAAAUACAGCUCAAAUAAUAGCACGGACUGUGAUGAAAAUUGUGGUAUGGCAGGGUUGUAUACGCUGUGUCGUGGAACAAACAAUGAACUAGUGACCUUAAAGUCAAGCCCUCAAGCUUUGUGUGAAUUUAAAAAACGUGAUGGUAAUACUGGAUGUACAUUGACAUAGUUUGGUUUCCUUGAACGAUAGACAUAAAAUUGUUUUAUACCUGGUGACCUCAUUUUAGCAUAUUUUUAAGGAAAUUAUAUGCUAAUUACUUCUUUGUAAGACAACUGAAACAACAGUAUACAUACAAUUAUUGUGAUUUGUUAUUUUUUUCUUUAUUGAAAUGAAAUUGAGUAUAAAUUUAUGUUUAGCAGUCGUUCGGAGGCCAAAAAAGGGUUUGUACUAUUUUAUGAAAUUGAUAACUAAUUAAUUCUACUCAAAACAAAACACUUGUAAAUGAUUCUUACAUAAUUUGGGGACGCCAGGUAUCCAACAUUCAUGGCUUUGUUCAUCUAAUAAUGUUUAUCGCAUGUAUUCAUUGAAUGGUAGUUGCAGUUAUAUUGAAACAAUAUAUUGCCUUUAUAGAUUAUUAAGCAUUAAACAUAAUUUCCGUG